AUGCAAAUAUCGCGAACGUCCGCGCUGCCCGAUCCACCGAUUCGCGCGGUGCGUAAAAGUGAGUGGCUCCGAUGUGCAUUGGCUCAUCACUUUAAUCCCGACCCUGGGGUCGAAAACGAAAUCGUGGUUUUGGCUACCGGUAUAGACCAGUAUCUACAGGAGAUAUUUCAUCACCUCGCCUAUUACAGCAACGACGAUGUCAUCUCAGAAGAGGACUUCAGACUCCUUUGUUUGGUUUUGGGUAUGACUACAGAGAAGAACCAGAGAAUUCCCCCCGUGCUGAACUUCAGGGAGUUUCAUUCACGUCUCUGUGGAUUUUUCACAGUAAAAUCUCAUAGCGGAACAACUGCCACACGCCUCCCUGUCACGGAAGAAACGGAACACAUUGAGCGCGAGAUCAGUCUCCGGUGGCCCAGGGUACGGAGGAGGAAGUGUGUUAGCUUCGACCUGUCCCGAGACCUCAAGACAUCACGUUUAAAUGCUUUUGAAAAAACGGGAAAUCUGAAAACACCUGCAGUGGAACUCAGGAAAGGUUCAGGGUUGGAUGGGCAACAGAGAGCCGGGCAGGAGCAGGUGGAAAUGGAGAAUGCCAGUCUGCGGGAGCUGGUUGAGGACCUGCGCUCAGCCCUGCAGAGCAGCGACGCCCGCUGCAUGGCCCUCGAGGUGGCCCUGCGGAGGGGGCGGCCCGCGGCGACCAGGCACGGCAGCCCAGGCGGGACGGGGCCCCGAGGCACGCCGUCCCCCGGCCAUGUCUCCCGGAGGCGCACCGGGGACCUACUGCGGGAGCUGGAGCUCAUCCGGGCAUCGCGCGACGGCCAGCUGGAGGAGGCCAUGCGCUUCAACCAGCGUCUGGAGGAGGAGCUGGCAGUGGCCUACUCGGAGGCAGGCAGGCUGAGCAUGGCCCUGGGGAGCGUGCGCCGGGAGAACGCAGAGAUCAAGAGGAGGGCAGAGGGGGCGAGAGGGGCGCUAGCUACCGGGCUGGAGAGAGUGCAUGCCGUGCAGCUGCUGGCCGAGCAGGUCGGCCCCCUCCAAGAGAAGGCCCAGAGCCUCGAGAGGGAGAUGCAGAGAUUCAGAUCUCUCUGCACCUGCAGGGCUGCGUGUGAGCCAGGAGCAGAGGUGACUCAGCCCAUGGACCCCUCGGGCCAAGAUGAACUCCUCGUCAGUGGAGAGGAACGCCUGCAGAGGGCAGUAGAGGGCCGGGCAGCGUCGGAUGAAGAGGAGGAGGAGGAGAGACAUAAGGAGGUCGAGCAGUGCUGUCUGUUAGAAGUGAAGCGUCUGAUUAACAGAUUGCACAAGUGUGCAAAGGGAUGUCAGAAGCCAGCCGUGUGUCACCUGCUCCGCUCCCAGAACUCAGGCCUUUACCCUGAGCAGUGUGGCUGCAGAGUGUUGCGAGGAAAGGAGACAGCCGGCUGGCACCACGUGCCUCCCGAGCAGAAAGAACUGGAAAAGGACCUGCAGCAGAAGCAGCAGGAGGUGGACGGCUUGCGGCUGGGGGUACAGACAGCGGGCACAGGGCUAGUACGCCUGUCCUUACUGGAGGAGAAACUGACCGAUGCCCUCUCCCUACUGCUGCAGCUACGAGACAAAAGAGUCUCGCGGAGAGCCUUGAGGAACCUUCUGUUGGACACAUUGGAUCUGUGCAGUAGAAGAGACCCUCACCCUCACCCAACCCGGACUCCUGUUUUUCAGGUGGUGGACAUCCUUUGCCAGCGGCUAACCUCCAGUGAGCUCCUGUACAGGGCAGAAGGCGGCGUUGUGUGGUUCCGCCCGUCUGUGACCCCGGGGCUUCAGAGUACCAUUAACCCCCUUCUUAUCUCCUGCUGAGAAAGGGACUCAUCUCUAAUGUCAGAUCUGCAUCCAACUCCUCUUCCAACCGGACCAGGGGUGGAUUUGUAAAGAGAAGCGCCAUGAAUACUGAGGAGACCUGUUGAUAUUUUAAACAGACUCUUGAUGUGUGUUUGAUGUUCCCCUUUGAUAAGCACAUUAGAAGCAUGAAGAAACUAUGUACAGACCGAGGCAGGACGAGGCCCUGUCUCAUACAAACACAGUGACUCCAGGUAGAGACAUGAAAUGGUUUAGAGGCACUUCUGUAAAGUUCAGUCUCUGCAGAACAACUCCAUCGUCUACCAGGCAAAAGAAACCCCGUGCACAACAUGUAUGAAUGUUUCACAUGUGCUUCGUGUGUGCUGACUUGCCCUCGGAUGGGUGGAAUUCUUUAAGCCUGUCGAGCCGUAGGUGUGUUGGACGUAAUCCCUGCUCGUGACUAGUGCUGGAAUGCAGUAUAAGGGCUUUAGGGGCUGGUCACCGUGUACGACACUCCAAAGAAUGGAAAGGCAUGGAAAGAAUGCAGCAUAGACUUCUGUAUUACAAACGUCGCACCUGACAAUCACUUCAUACUGAUUUUUAAUAUAUUUGAUAUUUGAAUUGUGAUUUAUUUUGCAUUACACGCUGACUGAUCUGAGGACAUGGAAUCCAGAUAACAUGUGACCUUGAUGUAACUCACAGUGACUCAUCUGAGAGUGAGCUAUGAUGUCAUCCUGUGGGGUCGUGUGAUGCAGCGUUGCACGUGACUGCGAUGAAGGGGAAUCAUGGGAACCAACGUUGAUACAUACACUCCUCAGUUACUAGCUCUGAUAACUCCUCUCCGUAGUAACACAAACAAAAACAAAAGUCCUUAUGAGGAGUGAAUAUUAAUAUACAGUUAUGAGUGAAGUAAAAAUAGUAUACAAAUGUUUUAUGAAAUUAAAAAUUCAUAGAGGGGGUGGGGCGGUGGUGGUGGAGAUGAAUUAUGGCGGGCACGAGAUCGUAUUGAACACCUCUGUGUGGAAUUGCCCCACCCUGUGUGCAGUGAAGCUCUUGUCCAGUGUGGUGGUGGUGGUGUGUGUGUGUGGGGGGUGACUGGCACAUCUGCAUGAGAACAAUGGCGACCAGUCUUCCCCAGAGCCUGACGCAGCGCUCUGCCUCACACAGAACCCUCUGUUUGAAGACCCAUGGUGCCGUGCAGCGUUGGGGACACUGACCUUCCGUGGCUUCCACUAGCCUUUAGCCCUGGAGACCAAGUGGAAG